ACUACUUCUUGCCUCCCCAUCCCCAGUCUUUUACUCCGCUAUUCGGUGAUAGACAUCAAAUACUCAAUCUCCUUUGUCGUGCUUGCUUCUCUUGUAUCUCAGUAUUUGCCCAUCAUGCAGCGCACCACUCGUGUGAUGCGGGCCAUCCCCGCACGCCCUCAGUUCCAGCGCGCCUUUCACUCGACCCGCCCUGCUCAGAUCGAAGACGCCUAUAUCCUCGGUGCUGCCCGCACUCCCACCGCGAAGUUCAACGGCCCAUUCAGCACAGUCCCCGCUCCCCACCUCGGCGCCACAGCCAUCCGCGCCGCGCUGGACAAGUCCCGCGUGCCAAUCUCCGAGAUCACAGACCUGUACAUGGGCAACGUGCUGUCAGCAAACAUAGGACAGUCGCCGGCGCGACAAGCAGCGAUCUUCGCCGACCUGCCGGCAACGCUGGACUGCACGACGGUCAACAAGGUAUGCGCAUCGGGGCUGAAGGCAGUGGCGCUGGCGGCGCAGAACAUCCAGCUGGGGCUGGCGCGGGCGCAGAUCGCCGGCGGGAUGGAGAACAUGUCGCGGGUGCCUUACUACCUGCCGCGCAGCGCGCAGCUGCCGCCGUUCGGCGAGAUCAAGCUGGAGGACGGGCUGAUCAAGGACGGACUGUGGGACGUGUACAACCAGAUCCACAUGGGCAUUUGCGCGGAGACGACAGCCAAGAAGCACCAGAUCGGCCGCGAGGCGCAGGACGACUACGCCAUCCGCAGCUACGAGCGCGCGCAGGACGCGUGGAAGACCGGCCGCUUCGCCGCUGAGGUCGCCCCUGUGACCAUCAAGGAUAAGAAGGGCAAGGAGACGGUCGUCGAGCGCGAUGAGGGCUUUGAGAAUUUACGGGCGGACAAGCUGCGCGCCCUCAAGCCCGCCUUCCUACGCGACGGAACCGGCACCGUCACCGCCGGUAACGCCAGUACCAUGAACGACGGCGCCUCGGCCCUCGUCCUCGCUAACCGCGCCCUGGCCCGCGAGUAUGCCGGCGACGGCUCCAACCCCGUGCUGGCCAGAAUCGUGGCUGCGGCCGAUGCUGCCGUCGACCCCAUCGAUUUCCCUGUGGCGCCGGCGAAGGCAGUGCCAAUUGCGUUGCAGCGCGCCGGGAUCUCGAAGGAGCAGGUGGCCGUGUGGGAGUUCAACGAGGCGUUCGCGGCGGUCAUCAAGGCGAACGAGAAGAUCCUGGGCUUGGAGAAUGCCCGUGUGAAUCCCCUGGGCGGUGCCAUCGCGCUGGGCCACGCCCUGGGCAGCUCGGGGUCCCGCAUUCUCGUCACGCUGCUGCACCAGCUGCAGCCGGGCGAGUACGGCGUCGCGGCGAUCUGCAACGGCGGCGGAGCGGCUACGGCCAUGGUCGUGCAGCGCCUGGAGCGCGUAGACUAGCCCGUUUAUCAUGUAUUUAGUAUCAUAACUGUCCCGGGGGAGAACCCCCAGACCCCCCUUUUCUUUCAACUUCCUGGC